AAAAUACGCAGGUAGGUUCUGACUUGUCGGAACUCGCUCGCACUACAAAAAAAAAAGCUCAUGAGAAUAAAACGUUUUAUUUUCAAACAAUCUAUGACGCCCUUGUGGCAGUCUGCACUUUGACGCCGCGCGGCAGUCUGCACUGAAAACUGUGCGAAAAUCUGUUGAGAGUUUGAGUGGCCUUUGACUGGUGAACACCGCAUCUCAGUUAUGCAAAGGUCGUCACCGUCUUUUCUUAGGUUCGCGCGAGUGGUUUCCUUUGUCUGUCGUGCGUUGAGUGCUUUUUCCAUUCGCUCAAAAUCGCAAAAUUUACGAGUGUGAGCGAUCUUCUAAAAGGGAGUGAGCUUACGUUCGAUUAUUAUGCAACGUAAUUGAAAGGGGGAGAGCGUCCCAUCGCUCUCCCUCACCGAUUUUUUAUCUCCCGCCCGGUUGUGGCUAUCAGGCAUAAGGUAGCCCCUUUGGUCGGAGUCAGCCCUCCAAUUUUUUGAUUUUUGUUUUUUCUCUCAUUGGCUGCAUAGCGGGAGGAGCCGGCCACAAGAAGAAGAUGACGCAUGAAGAUGAAGGAAAAUCUUAAGCCACUAGUAGCACGUAGAGUUCCUUUACCAAUCUAAUUCUAAUCAGCGCGCAUGUUCUUACUUAGUCAAAAAAUCUUCUAGUUUCCUCCACCAAUCAGUUGCCGCGCAGAUCCACCUAGGGCCCUUGUGUACUUAUUUAAUUUGAUUGAGCGGACAUCGUUCCGCGGCCCAUACACUUAGCAUUCCCAAUAAGCGCGUGAUGGGGAGACGGACAUCGUUCGCGGUGGCAGGUACUAGGUGUGUAAUUUCUCCUGCCUUUACUCCUAGGGUUCAGCAUUUUAAAAUCGUAGGGGCAUUAGCGUAGUUGUUAAGGAGAUUAAGAACUCCCCCCUACGCCGGUAUCCACGCGGAAAAUACGCAGGUAGGUUUUGAUUUAUCGGGACUCGCUUGCAAAAUACGCAGGUAGGUUUUGACUUAUCGGAACUCGCUCGCACUACAAAAAAAAAAAAAGCGAUAUUAAUUGUAUUGUAUUGUACUGUACUGUGGGAGCAAUCAGAAUCAGGUGGAUGUGUGCUGCAGCAUCAGCAUCUGGGAUCAGCAUAUGCACGGUCAUGCUUGUUUCUCCCGGUACAAGUUAGUAGCAUUUUGCAUUUGGCCACAUUGACUAUGUGGCUCUUCCUUGGUCACUCCGGCUGCUGGCUGUCCGACGCACUUUCGUGUACGAGUACGCUGGCGGCAGUUGUAAUAAAAGCACUCGAGUACCCGUUUCAGCUGUCGUUGGUAGUUGCAGCAUACUGCGUGCGGCGUGUGCUCGCGCACGUGCUCUUGGAGGCGUGGUUGGAGCACCAACACCGUUCGAAAGCCGUGUCCGGCUACGCGGUCCACAACAGGGGCAGUAGUGACAGGAAUAUGCGAAGAUGGCUGCGCCGUCUCUGGGUCAACACCUGCCACGACCUAUCGCGUUUCCUUUGGUCUUACCGCUAUCGAGGACGGCAUUGGGCAUGGACUCGUCAAGACUGGGCUCAGCCACUAAGAGGAUCAGCGGCCGCUGAUCGGGGAGCAGACGUUUUCUCAACGAGGGCAUCAUCUUCGGCUCUAGCACGUUGGCAGACGCAGAGGAACAUCAAUAGCACGCACAUCAAAAAAGAUAGAAGAGGAGGCAGGCAUCCACAUCGACAAGGGAGUCUCUCUCUCUAUCAGUUCUUGUCAGAGUCCUGCCGUCUGGGUCGUCAUUGCUCUGUUGCAUCUCUCUGCCUUUUCAGUGCCAUGAUUGGGGACUUUGCGCUUCCAUCAUCCAUUGCCGUUCUCGCAAUCAACAACCAGCAGCGCCAGCGUCGCGAGGCCAUGCAGAUCACAUCGAAAGCGCAGCUUCUGGAAGAGACGGAAUAUAGCGAAGAAGCGGGCUUGGAUGCGAAUCAUCAUGGGAGUCGCGGGGCCACGAGUAUGCUCCAAUCAAGUGAAAAGUCCGCGGCAAACGCAGCAGUCCCACAAGAUUCGAAUAUAGGUGCGUAAAUUACUUAAUAGAUACACGGAUGUGGAUGAUUAUUUUUAUUGCCAGGAUGUAACUUCUAAUGUCCACGGCAACAAGUCCUUCAUAUCGAUCUUGUGGCUCUUGAUGUCUCUUCCAGGUUUUAAGACAUUCUAUCCUGAUUCAAUGAAGAGCCACAGCACCAAGUUUCGGAAAGAAGAGAUGAAGAUAUGUCAUAUCUAUGCAUAUAAAUUUAGAAGAAAUAGUACAACUGGGUCUGGGGAAAGCUUUUUCAUCCUUGUGAACUCAAUAGGUCGCCGUUUCGAAGCGGUGAACGAAGCCAGGAGUAAGGUGACCGCUGCCCAAGAUGCUGUGAUCGCUGCCCAAAUCUCGGUGAUCGCUGCCAAAAGCGCGGUGGCCGAUGCCGAAAGCGCGGUGGCCGAUGCCAACAAACUCGUCCCCGACGAUGCUCAGGCCAAUCAUAAGGGGCUGACUCAGGAUAGAAGUGGGUUGACUGAGGCCACAAGUGGGCUGGAUAAGGCCGCAGGAGGACUGACUGAAGCCAGCGGUGGGCUGACUCAACAAGCCGAGAGUGCCCGACAAGCACUACAACAAGUACAAUUUAAGGAGAUUCACUUAUAGCUUUUGAAAGAAAGCGAGUAGGUAACUGAAAUAACAGAGGUAUACCUACGUCUCUUGUCUUUCAGUAUCUUGCGUAUUUUAUAACUAGUUACUUGCGAAUAUAUCUUCAAGGUCUUCUAAAAUAAAUCUGCUCCAGUUGGUGCACGAACAUGAAAAAAAAUAAAGAAGAACGAAGAUCAGUCGUAAGUAGCAAGGACACGAGCAGCCAAUAUCGGUGCUAAUCGCAUUGAUACAAAAAAUCUCUUUCAUGUUUUACUACUUGCAUUCUGAGGCCGAUGCGAUUGAGGAUAAGUUCUUGAACACGCUCGACGCAAAGGAGCUUGCCCCAGCGGAUGUCUUCAAGCGCGAUCAAGACGACAAUUUUCGUGGUACUUUUUUUCUCGUUGUGGACCGAGCACCUGGUUGUUCCACCUUCAAGGAGGAGACUUCUAGAUCGAUGAAAUUCCUUUUGUGAUCUUUGAAGUAGUACUACUAGCCACUUCGAGUUUCAAACAUGUGUCGAUGUUGUAGUGGAACGGUGUGUAAGUAAAAAGCAGAAGAUGCGUUAAUAGUAGAAGAUGUUGAAAAUGAUAAUGAAACAAGAUUUAGAUCUAUUAAAGAUGCCUUAUCUCUCUAGAGUACUUCUAGAGUCGUAGGCUCUUCAUGCCUGUAUCUUCUCUUAUCACACACUUACCAGUGAUUAAAGAUGCCCUAACAAGUUUGACCAUUAUACAGCAAAUAAUGCUUCCGGGAAGAACGUUGCAAAAGUACCAUACACCCUUCUCACAGCAAAUCCUUCCGCGAAAGAAGGGUCGAAGGCGAUUUAUUUCGACUUCAAGGAUGACGUUAUUACUUACGACUGGUUGGUCUUUGAUGCUGACAUUAAGGCCACCGCUGAAGAAUCCUCAAGUAAGAUCAUCGUUGGCUCUUUUUCUACUUGGAAAAGACGCUAAGCAGCAUACUCUCAGGGAUGCCAAUGCCGUAGCUCUAAUGUUGAAAAGUGCUGGAUACCUGGCGCUAGGGGUAACAAGAAGCCUCGACGACCCGCACCCGAAGGAGACACAGCACUGCGGAAUCGUGGGCGGUGCUUAUGACGGACUCUAUUACUGUUGACAUUUUUGAGCAUUUUUAUUUUCUAUGUCUCGUGUGCUGCGGUCUAGAACUACGCCUUUUUGAAGCUCAUCAUUUUAUUGUUUGGAGUAAAUUUUAAUGUAUCUAUUUCAUUCCAUAGCGAACGCAAUUUCCCGGCAACGUCCACUUUGUUCUUUCCCGUUGCCACAACUUCAUGGAGCCCACUACAUAGCUUCGUCGCCUUUUGAAGACAGCAGCUUUCAUAUUCCUUCUCGCACGACACGGUCGAGCGGCUGCUGGGGCCGCACGCCUCCUUGUCCUUUUCCGAUCUACCAGGUCGUCAAAUACCAGUAUUCCGGAUAUUCAAAGACCCCAUGACGAGGAAGGAAGUUGUGGAGGAUGAGCUCGUUGACUGCACUGAGCUGGUGAAUGAGGUCUCUGCCAUUUUGUCUUUAUGGGCCAGGUGAGGUUGGUUGUUAGUACUGGUAGGAGGUUGCGGUGGACAUUUUCGUUUUGUCAUCAAGGAGAAGGUCUAAGAUGACUGUAAUUUCAGUCAAUUAUAAGAAGCUAGCUUUCUAGAGCUCCUAUAUGAUGUGGCUCCUUCGGUAGUUUAGCUACAGCUACAACAGGGGGCGAAGACCUGACGUAGCUGAUCGAUGUCAUUUACUAGCGUCGAAGGCUUUUACAAUGCAAGCUUGCUGACGAUAUCAAUUCUUUGUGCCACUACCAGAGCGAUGACGUUAUUGAUUUAGUUAAUGUACUAACUAUGAACGGGGUAUAGCAUAGAUCAGGUUUUUUUUGGGGCCUGCUUCUGCGUUACUGUUUUCAGGCUUCCUUUGUAGGAGUUCCAAGUAUGAUGAUUCUGAGUCUCCGUGUUCGUUCUACAACCUUGUCGUUUGUAGAGCAGGUGGUUCCCUCCAACGAUCGAUGUUAUAUUAUAUAAUAUUAAUCUAUUCAUGGGGACUAGUCGUUCUUCAGCAUUUGUCGUGGUAUCGAGCUUAUCUGACAUAAUCGCGGUCGUGUGUAGGAUCCACAAUUAGUAAUGUAAUUUCUUGUGUUGCACUGUGUUGUAGUUGUUAGGCAUUGCGUUUUUAGUACAAUACUCUUCAACAGCACGACAACUGUAAGAACCUAGAGCCAUCUGACCUCUUCUAAGCUCUGGCGACUUGGUUUACCACACAGACGGCAAGGCUUUCGACAAGACCGGAAAGUCACUGACUGCGGACGAUAUACGUGGCAUAUUAGAACGAAAACCACAGGAGCACGAACGUGGGGCAACGACAGGCACUAAGACCAUGGUUAUUGUUUUGAGCAACAAGUGGAGCUUUAAUGAAGUCCUCGACUACUACAGGCAGAUGGUGACUACAUGCACUGCAUUUUUGCUUGCUUUUGACGUCUUUCCUUUAGGGCUGCAAGCUCUAUGAGAAUCCCAUCUCCAACGUGUGUAUAAGGCUAAAACUGCUAGAGCUCAUUCAUGACCUCUAUCUUAAUAGUAGGGAUCUAGACUUCCCGUAGUCGAAUGAUGGCAGUUAACACUUCUUAAGUAGCUAGUAGAGGAGCCAGAACGCCACUCAACCUCGAUCCUUCUUAGAGUUGUUUGGUACACAAUCUCGAUCACAAAAGACGUUGCCUGCAAACUGCAUCAUAACCAGGAACAGCAGCGGUAGCGGAAACAGGUGGCGGAGCAGGCUACCCUGAGUGCCCUUCCCCCUCGUCAGCAGAUGCAGAAGACACGAACCACGGAGCGGCGAGCGGUGUUGAGGCUCUGCCGGCAGGUGUACUACCAGCUCAAGGUCGAGACCUGGUCCUGGCCCGCGCAGUGGCGUACUAUGGCUAUGCAGCUGGGCUUCGUCCACCUGUUGGCGGCCCCGAAUAUGCGCACUUUGUGGCUACUUAUGCUGGGCCUGCAGCUCUGAAUGCACAUGUAAUAGGAGUAGAUUAG